CCGACUCAACCGGCGUCACGUCCUCUGCUUUCUUUACUCACUCGAACGCGAAGAGGAGGAUGACUUCCGUCGACCGGCCGACCGUCAUGGUCACCAACGACGACGGUAUCGACGCCGCCGGCCUGCAGUCCCUCGUCCGCGUCCUCGUCUCCUCCGGCCGCUACAACGUCCAAGUCUGCGCUCCCGACGCGGAAAGAUCGGCUGUUAGCCACAGCAUCACGUGGCGUCACCCUCUUGCGGCUAGGCGAGUGAACGUCGAAGGAGCAAUUGCAUUUGCAGUCGCGGGGACACCAGCAGAUUGUACUUCAUUGGGAAUCUCUAAGGCACUUUUCCCCUCGGUUGCUGAUCUGGUAAUCAGUGGUAUUAACAUGGGUAGCAACUGUGGAUAUAACAUUGUCUAUUCUGGCACGGUUGCUGGUGCUCGUGAGGCAUUCUUCAAUGGGGUGCCAUCUAUUUCAAUAUCGUAUGAUUGGGUUGGAGGUAUAAGCAGCGUGCAAGACUACACACUUGCUGCUGAGGCUUGCUUACCUAUCAUUGGUUCGAUUUUGUCUGAGAUCAAGAAGAGCAGUUAUCCCAGAAACUGUUUCUUGAAUGUAGAUCUGCCGACAGAUGUUGCAAAUCAUAAGGGCUAUAAGCUCACUAAGCAGGGUAGAAGCACAAAUCAGGUGGGAUGGGAACCAAUGACCUCAGACAUGCAUGGAAGGCAGAUGUUAUCAACAAUGGCGACAACUAUGUCUCAGGAACAUCUUCUAUUUAAGAGAGUGAGAGGAGCCCAAGUUGAUGAUGCAGAUCGUCGAUCUCUGAAGGAAGGAUUUAUCACUGUUAUGCCUCUUGAUGCUCUUUCCCCAGCGAAUGUGGAAUGCGAGACUUUUUUCAAGGAUUGGCUGCCAAAAGUGGCCUAAUGCCCUUCACUGGCUUCCUAAUGCUGUCUGCCUUUUGUGACCAAUACAGAUGAGUCGAGGAUUGCUUCUCUAUGUAGAGAGUGUAUGCUUCCAACUCAAGUUAUUGUCAAGGUCAUUCUUUUUUUAAGCCAUGUCUUGUGCCAUCUCUUUGCCUGGGGAUCUUUAAGCUCAGGUGCAAAUUGUCAAUGUCAAGUAUGAAUUGUACAAGCUUUCAAUUUCCCAAUUAAUGCAAACGAGGGUAUGUUCACAUUUGACUA